AUGGCGCUCAAAGCCUAUUCGCUGUGGAUUUUUGAUAGGCAUUGUGAGCCGAUCUACUACCAGGACUGGUCGCAUUUGUACCGUACGCCUAGCGCGGCCAGUGGCACGGCCUCGUCCUUCACAUCGUCGCUCUCGUCCACAUUUCAGCGUGUGGGCGGCACGGUGCCGGACCAGGAGAAACGUGAUGCCUCUACUACUACCCACAAGCGUGCGCGUGGUGAUGCGUUACCGGGCGUCAGUCAGCAAGUGCAGACGCAGGACGACGAGCCAGUGGACACGCAGGCCCUGCCAUUUGAUCAGGAAGCGAAGCUCAUUUAUGGCGUUGUGUACUCGCUCCGCAAUAUGGUGCGAAAGCUCGGUGGCUCACAAGAGGCGUUCCAUAACUUUUCCACCGCCACGUAUACCCUAUCUCACAUGCAGACGCCAACGAUGUAUACCUUUGUCCUGAUCACCGAUGCGCCGCCCAGUCGGGGUGACAAAGGCCCGUUGUCAAUGCUCGCAGGUACCAAUCCAAUCCCAGGUACCAAUGGCAUGACACUCCGUGGCGUCUUGCGAGAACUAUGGCGUGGCCCAUGGAUUCAGCAUGGCACGCGUCAUCCGCUGGCCGAUGCGACAGAGCGCGUGUCGUACACGAGUGACGAUGCAAUGCCUGUACCACGCUCGCAUGGGAUUGAAAAUGCAGCGCUACGUGAGUCCAUCGAACAAGUAUUAUUCCAGUACAAACUUCUCCCGUCUCAAGGAUAG